AUGGGGUAUACCCAUGCUAAUCCCUACUCCCUACUCCCUACUCCCUACUUCCUACUCCUGUCUCCUGUCUCCCGUCUCCCGUCUCCCGUCUCCCAUCUCCCGUCUCCCGUCUCCCAUCUCCCGUCUCCUGUCUCCCGUCUCCCGUCUCCCGUCUCCCGUCUCCCGUCUCCCGUCUCCCGUCUCCCGUCUCCCGUCUCCCGUCUCCCGUCUCCCGUCUCCCGUCUCCCAUCUCCCAUCUCCUGUCUCCCGUCUCUGUUCUCUCAGUCUCCCAUCUCCUGUCUCCUGUUCUCCCAUUUCCCCAUUUUCCUGUCAUCACAUUCUCUGGUUUUUGAGUCUACAUUGUCUUUGUCUCCUUUUUUUAUUUGA